AUGCCCAAGAUCGAGAUAUCCUUCAUGCUCACCUCACCGGUAGAGUGCCGCAAUGAUAUCUGGGAGCAAAGGCGUGCUCAAGACCCGACGCUGGAGCUGGAGGAUCCCCUCAUCGCCAUUCCUCCAGGGACGUUCUUCCCGCUUUUCUCGUCCUACAUAUACAGGCUAUGCAAUAGCUUUGCCACCAUAGAGUAUACCGAUGGCGUGGUCUAUCUGGAGCUUCGCACCACACCAAAAGCUGUACCAGAGCGCAAUAUCACGAAGGGAGACUACAUCAAGACAAUCCUCAGCCUAAUCAAAACGCACAACGAGCCAGAGAGCAGUAGCAUGCAAGCACACCUCAUCUCUAUAGAUCGGCGGAACACCUCGGCCGAAGCCGAGGAGGUCGUCAACUUAGCUCCUAAAUAUCGCUCUGACGGAGUAAUUGGCAUCGACCUAUCGAAGGCUGCCGGAUUGAAAAUGACGUUACAUUUUGCGGAGACUCAAGUCUCAGCUACUGACCAGGAGCUGCGUGCGCUACUUUCCUGGCAGCCGGACAGGCUCGUCCACGUGAUUCAUGCACAGGAUGAAUCUCAGGAAGUCAUUAAGAAGCGUAACAUCGGCCUCGACUUGUGCCUGAGUUGUAACGCUCACGCUGAGCUGAUAACCGGGGGCUACCCAAACCAUCACUUCGGUAUGUGGAGGCACAGCGAUGUUCCAGUGGUCUUAUGCACCGAUGACGUCGGCGUCUUCUCCAGUCCUCUGUCUUACCAGUACUCCCUUGCUGCUACACAUUUUGGUUUUGACCGGAAGCAGCUCAAAGAACUUUGUGAACGCGCGAUCGACUCUAUCUUCGCCGGGCCAGACUAACGUAUACGGCUGAGAAGAAUCUACUCGGAGUUUACCGGAUGGGUGAAUUGAUGUUUGAGAGGACCGGAUUCUGUACAACAUUCGAGUUCAGUUGGAUCAGACUAGAGGCACCUUUGCUGAUCAACUCUAGAAAUAGCAUCCGCCAACACUGUCCGCCAACGACUCCGCACCGAGUCUGUAUUCAAAUCAG